AAUUCAAUGAUCUCUUUCUUUCACACACACAUGACACAACACAACACACUCUUCUCUGAGAAAAUUUCGCCCCCUCUGUAGCGUAAUGACGACAUCAAUAUCGGAGGAAAAUGCUACGAUCUCAACUCAUCAACAUCAAUUCAUCGCAAUUUAACCUCUUCUCACUCCCUCAUUUCCCUUUGGUUCUUUCCUUUCGGUAAGAAUCCGCUCUCGCUCGCUUCCAUUCGUUCUACUAUUCUUUCGAGAGACACAUUCAUAAUUGCAACAUUAUCAUUUCAGACCCAAAAAUUUCCGCACCAGAUUAUCGAUUCAUUCAAAUUGCGAAAAAAAUCUCCAUCUGGGUAUCUCAGAUUGUUGUAAAAAUCAUAUCUUUUUAUUUAUUUGGGUGUUUUUCUAAUACCCCUUUGUUUCAAAGCCAUUGUUUAUUUAUCUCAAGUAGGCCAUUUUGAUUUUGUUAAAGAAAAAGAAAAAGAAAAUUGGUGAUUGAACAUUGAAAAAUGUCAGUUGCUGAUUAUGCUUUGAGUUCGGUUUGCAAAGAGACGGUGUGUUGGGAAGGUCAAUCAGGGCAUUGCUCUGAUGAGCCAAUCCUGAUUUACCUUACUGUGGGGGGUGCUGUGACACCAAUGCGUGUGUUGGAGUCUGAUUCCAUUGCCUCUGUGAAACUGAGGAUUCAGCAAUGCAAAGGCUUUGUGGUGAAGAAGCAGAAGCUGGUUUUUAGUGGCAGAGAGCUUGCUCGCAAUGGAACACUCAUUAAAGACUAUGGUGUCACUGAUGGGAAUGUUCUUCAUCUGGUUCUCCGGCUCUCGGAUCUUUUGUCCAUCGUUGUGAGGACCGUUUGCGGUAAGGAAUUUGAGUUUCACAUUGAUCGGCAUAGAAAUGUGGGGUAUCUUAAGCAGCGUAUUCGAAAAAAAGGGGAAGGUUUUAUUGAUCUUGAGGAUCAAGAGCUUUUCUGCAAUGAUGAGAAGCUUGAUGACCAGAGUCUCUUCCAUGACAUUUGCAAGGGUGAUGAUGGUGUGAUUCAUUUGAUUAUUAGAAAAUCAGCUAAGGUUAGGACCACACCCAUUCACAGGGAUUUGAAGCUUUCGGUUGAGGCACCUUGCAUACCAGGUGAGAGUGAGAGCACUGAUCAAAGAGUGAAACUGGGAGAGAAUAGGACCAAACAAAUUAAAAUAGUUUCAAAGAUAGUGAUUCCACCUGGUGUAGGUUUCUGGUUGGAACCAAUUUUAGUGAAUCCCAAGAUCAAUUUUUUUCCUUUCCUUAGGGACAUGAUCAACUCCACAUAUGAGGGUUUGAAGAGAGGAAAUCGUCCUAUUAGGUCCUCGGAAGGCACAGGAGGGACUUACUUCAUGCAGGAUUCAACAGGUCAGGAGCAUGUUUCAGUUUUUAAGCCCAUGGAUGAGGAACCAAUGGCUGUGAACAACCCGCGAGGCUUGCCAAGUUCAGCUGAUGGCGAAGGUUUGAAAAGAGGCACAAGGGUGGGAGAAGGAGCUUUGAGGGAAGUUGCAGCUUAUGUGUUAGAUCAUCCAAGGAAUGGGCCACGUUUGGUCUCGGGUGAAGAAAUGGGGUUUUCUGGUGUUCCCCCUACUGUUAUGGUGCAGUGCUUGCACCAAGAGUUUUACCACCCAAAUGGUUCAUCAAAACAUGUCAAGAUAGGGUCAUUGCAGAAGUUCAUGAAUAAUGAUGGCAACUGCGAGGACAUUGGACCCGGGGCCUUUCCAGUGGAGGAGGUGCAUAAGAUUACUGUGCUUGAUAUAAGAAUGGCUAAUGCUGACAGACAUUCUGGAAAUAUAUUGAUUAGAAAGGAAGCAGAUGGCAAUAUUAAGCUCAUUCCUAUUGAUCAUGGCUAUUGUCUCCCUACUAAAUUUGAAGAUUGCACAUUUGAUUGGCUUUACUGGCCACAAGCAUGUGAGCCUUACUCUCCUGAGACGGUUGAUUACAUCAAUUCUCUGGAUGCUGAAAAAGACAUAGAACUCUUGAAAUACUAUGGAUGGGAUAUUCCACUUCAGUGUGCACGAACACUCCGUGUUUCCACAAUGUUGCUGAAGAAAGGGGUGGCGAGAGGUCUCAGUCCUUAUGCAAUUGGAACCAUCAUGUGCCGCGAAAAUUUGAACAAGGAAUCUGAAAUUGAGGAGAUCAUUAGUGAAGCUCAAGAUUCCUUGCUUCCUGGCAUGGAGGAAUCAGCAUUUCUUGAAUCCAUCUCCCAAAUCAUGGAUUCACACCUUGAUAAGCUUGCAAAAUAGACUUCUUGAUAUUUACUGCAUGUUUGGAUCAACCUCUCUUUCCUUAGAAUCAAUACUGAAUAAGCUUCUCCCCAGAGUUUAUUAGGGCUUCAGAAUUAAUUAUAAAAGGGUUUUCAAACAUGCAAUUAUAUAGGUAUAUUUGUAAUGUAAUUCAGUGAAUGGCUCUAGUCCAUUUUUGGAUGGACUACUGCACAUUGCACAAAAUGUGAUGAUGGCUUGAUGUGAUCUGGACAUAGGCCUGAAGCUCUGGUUUAUUUGUGGCUUCUUUGAACUGUUUUUCAGGAUUGUAUUGCCAUGUUGAACAGAAAUUACAGGUCUAAAUAAGAUGUCUUAUACUAAGGUUUCAUGUAUCAUAAUAUUAUGUCAUUUGUACAUAGUAAAUAAAUAUCAUGUUAGGAUUUCAA